UUGAACUGUCAAUCAAAAAUAAAUUAAAUAACAGUUUAUAAAUAUUAAUACACUCUUGACCCUUGACCAAUCAUCAUCCUAACAUCGUGUGAUGUAUGUUAAUUACACACCCCGCUAUAGGAUCCAACACAUUUUAACUCCUACGCAUUAUCCUACAGGAGUAUAUAAAAGAGAGUAUUUUACAUAAAGCUAAGUCAGUUCAUACUGGCUUAGUCAUAACUGGAAAUCAACUUUAAAUUUUAAGAACACGAUGAAGAUCUAUUGGUGUUUAAAUUUAUUUUCAAUGGUAUUAAUUUUCAAAAUUGUAUCAGGAAGUAUAAGGGUACAACGUUCGCCUCAACAAUAUUGCGGUUCUCAACUAGCAGAUAUUAUGAAAGUAGUAUGUCGUGGAAUUUACAACGAAAAAAGAAACCAGAUGGAAAAUGAUGCUGAAUUCUGGGAUUAUAAAGAACUUGAAGACUACAAUGCAAUUGAUUAUCCAUUCCGUUCAAAAAGAGAAGCUAUGUCAUUUAUGCCACUUUCACGAUCAUUACGUGCUGCUAAAAAAUCAAAGAUAAUUGAAGAAUGUUGUUAUAAACCAUGCUGGAUAUCUGAAUUAAAAGGCUACUGUCAAAACUAAAAUUAAGAUGCUAGUGUUAAAUGUUUUUAAACGCUGAGUAAAACUUUAAUUAUUAUUAUUA